UCGAUACUGGUAUUAUGAAAAGUAAUUAUGAAUUGCCAACAUUACCAAAACCAUUAACUUAUGAAGAAAAAAAGUAUUUAUUGGCAGUUGAACGAGGUGAUAUUGCAAAUGUUCGAAGAAUACUUCAACAAGCCCAUCGCACACAUCAUAUUGAUAUGAAUUGCGUGGAUAGUUUGGGUCGAGGAGCAUUAACAAUCGCUAUAAAUGGUGAAAAUAUGGAAAUGGUUGAAUUGCUGGUUAUUUUGGGUGUGGAAACAAAAGAUGCAUUGCUACAUGCAAUCAACGAUGAAUUUGUGGAAGCUGUUGAAUUACUUUUAGAGCAUGAAGAAAUUAUUCAUAAAGAAGGCGAACUUUAUAGUUGGCAAAAAGUGGAUAGCAACAUCUCAACAUUUUCACCAGAUAUUACACCGUUAGUUUUGGCAGCCCAUAAAAAUAAUUACGAAAUUAUAAAAAUUCUUUUGGAUCGUGGAGCAACUCUACCAAUGCCUCAUGAUAUCAAAUGUGGCUGUGAUGAUUGUAUCCGAAUAUCAACUGAAGAUUCAUUACGCCAUUCUUUGUCCCGUGUCAAUGAAUAUCGGGCACUAUCUAGUCCGUCGUUAAUGGCAUUGUCAUCCAGUGAUCCAAUUUUAACAGCGUUUCAAUUGUCCUGGGAAUUACGUACUUUAGCGUUUGCAGAACAGGAAUGUAAAAGUGAUUAUUUAGAAUUACGUAUGCAAUGUCAACAGUUUGCUGUCGAUUUACUAGAUCAAUCUCGAAGCUCACAAGAAUUGGCGAUUAUUUUAAACCAUGAUCCGGAUGAAUUACCAUUCGAGGAUGGUGAUCAUAUGAAAUUAGCUCGACUUGAACAGGCCAUCAAUUAUAAACAGAAAAAGUUUGUUGCUCAUCCAAAUAUUCAACAACUAUUGGCAUCAAUUUGGUAUGAAGGUGUACCAGGUUUUCGACGAAAAACUUCAAUUCAAAAAUUAAUGAUAUGCAUACGUGUGGCAUUAUUCUUUCCAAUGUAUUGUACUUUGUACAUUUUUGCACCGAAUACGCCAACUGCAAAAUUAAUGCGAAAACCAUUUAUGAAAUUUUUAAUUCACGCUUCAGCUUAUUUAUUUUUCUUAUUAAUUCUAAUUUUGGUAUCUCUUCGAGCUGAAGUUCACAUUAUACAAAUGUUUGGCACUGAAUCUAUGAAAAUAUGGCUGGACGAACAAUUAAAAAGACAAAGAGGACAAGGACCAACAUAUUUAGAACUGCUGGUCGUGGUGUAUGUGUUAGGAUUCAUUUGGGAAGAGACGACUGAAAUAUUCUUAGAAGGAAUGCAAGCCUAUCUACGAAAUAUGUGGAAUUUUAUUGAUUUUACCAGAAAUUCUGUGUACGUUGGAACAGCAAUAUUAAGAAUAGUGGCAUACAUUCAACAAAUGUAUGAAGUAGCCGAAGAUCCAUCACAUCGUUAUAUUCCACGUGAAAAUUGGGAUGCAUUUGAUCCACAAUUAAUUGCUGAAGGUUUAUUUGCUGCAGCCAAUAUUUUGAGUGCAUUGAAAUUGGUUCAUCUAUUCUCAAUAAAUCCACAUUUAGGACCACUGCAAAUUUCGUUAGGUCGAAUGGUUAUCGAUAUUGUGAAAUUCUUCUUUAUCUAUAGUCUGGUAUUGUUUGCAUUUGCUUGUGGUUUGAACCAAUUGCUUUGGUAUUAUGCUGAAAUGGAAAAGAAAAAAUGUUACCAUUUACCAGGAGGUCUUCCUGAUUGGGAUAAUAACGGAGAUUCUUGUAUGAAAUGGAGAUAUUUUGCCAAUGUUUUUGAAGCAUCACAAUCAUUGUUUUGGGCCAGUUUCGGUAUGGUGGGCUUAGAAAGUUUUGAAUUAGCUGGUAUUAAAUCAUACACACGAUUUUGGGGCUUAUUAAUGUUCGGUUCAUACUCGGUGAUUAACGUAAUUGUUCUGUUGAACUUACUCAUCGCUAUGAUGUCCAACUCGUAUGCAAUUAUUGAAGAACAUUCUGAUACUGAAUGGAAAUUUGCACGAACACGAUUAUGGAUGAGCUAUUUUGAAGAAAGUGCCACUUUACCCCCACCAUUUAAUAUAAUGCCUACACCAAAAUUAAUGUUUAAAAUGUUGGGAUUACGUAAGAAAGAUAAAUUAAAACAAAUGUCAUCGAAGGUAAACUUUCGUAAAACGGGAAGAUUUAAACGAGAAGGUAAAGAAAAAGAACGUGAUAUUCGAUAUACAGCUGUAAUGCGAGCUUUAGUUUGGCGGUAUGUUUCUGCUAUGCAUCGUAAGAUGGAAGAAGAUGUUGUCACUGAAGACGAUAUUAAUGAAGUUAAAGGAGAUAUUUCAGCAAUGCGAUAUGAACUUUUGGAAGUAUUUGAACGCAAUGGCAUGGAUAUAUCUAGUUCGGAAAAGAAAGAAAAAACUGUUUUGGGUAGAAAUCAGAAAGUAUGGGAACGACGAUUAAUGAAAGAUUUCCAAGUCGCACCAAUCUCAGCCAUGGAAGAAGAAACACCAGCUGAGGCUGAAGAUAAUCCGCUUUCAAAAUUCCGAAGAAUUGCACGACUUGCAGUCAACACUUCCAGUUCUUAUAAAUGGGGUCAAGUUGUCGAAGGAGCAGUUUGUCAGUCUUCACAAAUUGGACGAUGUCACAAUCGCGAAGCUUACAAAAAUCAACAAAAUCUUCAACGAGCAAUGGAAGAAGCUCGAAAAUUGGUACUUAAAAGUCCAUUACCCGGAAUGUCUCGAGCUGCGUCUCCAACUGAUUUGCCUGUGGAUAGUGGUGAAAAUUUAAUGAGUCUCUUAAAAGAUAUUUCUGCAGAUACUGGGGGACGGUUUACUCCAACACCGUUGUCCAAAACACCAACACCAAGUGAAGGAAAAUCUUUAGGAAUAAGUGGAUCAAAAUCUCCAGCAUUAGGUCUUUCAGCGUUGACAACACAAUUGAAAGAAAAAUCACCGGCUCCGACACCCCGUGGGCCAACUCCGACUCCAUCAGGAAAAAUAUCGAAAACACCAAUUGUCUCCAGAAGUCCAUCACCUCAAAAAGACGAUGAUACUACAUCCCCACCAGAAAUUGCAUCACCCGUGCCAUCAAUAGCAUCUCCACCACCUCUUAUAUCAAUUGAUAGUCCACCGUUGAAACCUGAAGAUAUUCCUUCAAUUGCUUCCCCAACAGGUGAUGAAACACCAUUAAUACCAAUUCGUCGAACCGAUGGAGAUUCUCCACCCAAAGUGAUCAAACGUAAAGCGCCUGGAAUAGAAACAUCUGUUAGUCGACCAGCCGCUCCAGAAAUUCCACCACAAUCUACACCAGGAGCGAUUCCUCCACCACCAGCUAAAGUCAAAACACGACCUCCGACACCGCAGCCAGCAGAACCAACACCUGAACCAUCACGAAUUCAAUCUCCAAUUCCUGUAGUUAAAGUAACGGAACCAGAACCGGCAACGCCAAGUGAAGAAGAGAGUACAUCAGCUAUGAUAUCAGUACCAAGUACAGAAUCAUUAAUCAAGAAAGAUGAAGAAGAAGAAAAAGCAGCUUCACCAGAACCAUUGCGACCAGUUCGUAAAAUUGAGGAUGUUAGUACGAUUAAACGUCAACCUAAAACCGGAUGGUUAUAAAAUCAGAAAAUUGGAAAAAAAGGAAAAUGAAAUUUUAUCAAAAUCAAUUUACGAUUAAAUCGUAAUAUUGAU